UGACGUAGUCAGCUGUGGCACUUCCUAGCUGGAUUUCUUAGCUGAACCGAAACCAAACGCCCAACAUCAGAAUGCAGCUGUCCAGGGUUGGAAUUUAUAUGAAGAGGAGAAAGCGGGGCUGCUCUCAAGCCUAAACAUUUUUUUGUCUUCCACCAUCUGGCAUCAGACUCGCUACCCCUUCAGAUUGGUGCUCACCCCUCCUCCCCUCGCCAACAUGCUGUGUUGGGGGAAUGCAAAGGAUGGACAGUUGGGUAUCGGUGCAGAGAGGAACCCCAUGUUUGAGCCCAGGAUUUGUCAUGUGUUUAGCGACAGGGGACUAAAGGAGGUGGCUUGUGGAGGGCAGCACUCGCUGUUCCUGCUGCAUGAUGGUAGUGUGUACACAUGUGGUUCUAACAGCUGUGGACAGCUGGGCCACGACAAACCAGGGACGUCUCCAGAGCUGGUAGGAGCUCUGGACACUCAGAAGAUCACUAUGGUGUCGUGUGGUCGGACCCACUCUAUGGCGGUGAACGAGCAGGGUCAAGUGUUUGCCUGGGGGGCCGGCGAAGGGGGUCAGCUUGGCCUUGGCACCUCGGAGACGCCUGUGCGAAUACCAAGGUUGGUCAAGAGGCUGUGUGACCAUCGGAUCUCUCAAGUAAUGUGUGGGAAUCAGCACUGCAUUGCACUUUCUAGAGAUGGCCAGCUGUUCACGUGGGGCCAGAACACCAGCGGUCAGCUCGGUUUGGGGAAAGGAGAGUCCAGCAAGCUGUUCCCUCAUCCCCUCAAGUCUCUGGCUGGAAUUCCUUUGGCACAGAUAACCGCCGGGGGAGACCACAGCUUUGCUCUGUCCUUGUCCGGAGCGGUUUUUGGAUGGGGCAAGAACAAAGCUGGCCAACUGGGUCUCAAUGAUAAACAAGAUCGUGCUGUCCCGUGUCACAUCAAGUUCUUGAGAUCUCAAAAAGUUGUUCAUAUUAGCUGUGGGGAUGAACACACAGCAGCACUCACAAAGGAUGGCGGCUUGUUUACAUUUGGUGAUGGCGCGUGGGGUCAGCUGGGUCAUGGCUCCACCAAUAAUGAACUUUUACCCAGACGAGUGCUGGAGCUCAUGGGCACUGAGGUUUCCCAGAUCACCUGUGGCAGGCACCACACGUUGGCGUUUGUGCCUUCCUCUGGUGUAGUGUAUGCGUUUGGCUGUAACAGCCAUGGGCAGUUGGGCACUGGAAUACGGGGUGAUGCCAGGAGCCCAUUUCCUGUCAAGGCCAGUUUCCUGACUGGAAAUGUCCAUAGAACAGAAUCCAAACAUUAUACAGUGACCAAAAUCAUCUGUGGGGGAGACCAUAGCUUCUUAUUGUACUCCACUAACCAGAGUUUUGUCGCCCCAGAAGACUUCAGAGUGAUCAACGUCAGUAAAAGUCUCUCCCCGAUCACUUAUGAAAGAUUAAACUCAUGGAGGUUAAAGCUGAUGUACAGCCCCGAUUCAAGUGUCACAAAUGACAUCAUCAUUCAACUCUCAUCAACAGCUUGUUGGAACGCCAGCUUCUUGGACCAAAGUGAUGAUACACACUUCAAAACCAACCCAAAGAUCCCGGGCAUCGAUCUCAACUCUGUCAGAAUGCUUUUUGAGGCGCUCAGCAGACCGGCUUUCUCCGGACUCCUGGAGCAGGCCAGCAAGAGUUUUGAGAGUCUUCUAAUCCCUCAGCUACCACGCUCCCCUCCUGACGUCGAGGCCAUGAGGAUCUACCUCAUCUUGUCUGAGUACCCGGCUCUGCUGGACUCCAAGAACUACAUCCGCCUCACUAUCCCCCUGGCAAUGGCCAUCCUCCGGCUAGACGCCAACCCCAGCAAAGUAUUGGAUAACUGGUGGUGUUUUGUGGACGGCAGCGUGUUCACCAGAAUGGUCGACAUGUACAAGAGCAUCGUGGUGUUUAUGCUGACAGGAGGAAAGACUCUGCUCGUACCCCUGUUCUACGAGAACUACUUUGUUGCCACUCUAAGGCUGCUGGAGAAACUCCAUAAGGUCAACUUAAAGGCCAACCAUGUGGAGUACAACCGCUUUUAUAUCCCCGACAUCACCAGCCUGGUGGACAUCCAGGAAGACUACCUCAAAUGGUUCCUGAGUAAAGCUGAUAUUAAAGUUGGAUCAUCCCCUUCGCAGAGUGACUUUCCCUCCGUGAACCUAUGUGCCUACCCGUUCAUACUGAAUGCUCAAGCCAAGACAACCAUGCUGCAAACAGACGCUGAACUGCAAAUGCAGAUGGCAGUAAGCGGUGCAAACCUGCACAACGUCUUUAUGCUGCUCACGCUGGAACCCCACCUUGCCAGGAACCCAUACUUGGUGCUUCAUGUGCGCAGGAACCAUUUAGUUAGUGACACAUUACGUGAGCUCACCAUGUACUCCGAUGUGGAUCUCAAGAAACCGCUUAAGGUGAUCUUCGAUGGCGAGGAGGCCGUAGACGCAGGCGGAGUAACGAAAGAGUUCUUCCUGCUGCUGUUAAAGGAGCUAAUGGAUCCUGUCUAUGGGAUGUUCACACAUUACAAUGAGUCAAACCUGCUCUGGUUCUCAGACAAAUGUUUUGUUGAGCAGAACUGGUUUCACUUAAUCGGGAUCAUCUGCGGUCUGGCCAUCUAUAACUCCACAGUGGUGGACCUGCACUUCCCCCUGGCUCUCUACAAGAAGCUGCUCGACGUGUCAACAACGCUGGAGGACUUCACGGAGCUCUCGCCCACCGAGGCCAGGAGUCUACAACAACUUCUAGACUAUGAAGGAGGCGAUGUGGAGGAGGUGUUUCUUCUUAACUUUGCUAUCACCAGGGAGAACUACGGGAUGACAGAAGUCAAGGAGCUGGUACCUGGAGGAGAGAGCAUCAGUGUGGACAGAAACAACAGGAAGGAGUUUGUCGAGGCCUACCUGCGCUACGUGUUCACAGACUCGGUGAGCGAGCAGUACUCUGCCUUCUCCUCCGGCUUCCUGAAAGUGUGUGGGGGGGAAAUCCUGUUGCUGUUCCAGCCGUCUGAGCUGAUGGCCAUGGUGGUCGGCAACAACAACUACAACUGGGAGGAGCUGGAGAAGAAUGCCGUUUACAAAGGGGAAUACACAGCCACUCAUCCAACAGUCAGAUUGUUUUGGGAGGUUUUCCACGAGUUCCCUCUGGAAAAGAAGAAGCAGUUCUUAUUGUUCCUGACCGGCAGCGACCGUAUCCCGAUCCACGGCAUGGAGAGCCUGCGUAUCGUCAUCCAGUCCACCACAGCUGAGGAGCACUACCUUCCGGUGGCCCACACCUGCUACAACCUGCUUGACAUGCCCCGCUAUCAGACCAAAGACAUCCUGCGUCGCCGCCUCACCCAGGCCGUCGAGCAAUAUGAGGGCUUCAGCCUUGUCUGAGGAGGGAGGGAGGGGGGAGGACUGCAGCGGUUUUAAUGCACUUUAACAGCAAUACACCACCAUGUCAGUGUGAACAGAGUGAAAGAGGGGAAGGUUGCUCUCUUGCUAUGCUCUUACAGGAUUGUUAAGCAUCUUGAAUCUGAAAGGUCUAUCAUUGAAAAUGCAGAGUCUAAUUGUUUUUUAUUGUAUUGGGCUAAGUUUCAUAACCUCUACAGAACAUUUGCAAGAUCUUAAAAAGUCUUAUGUUUGAAUAUUUGUUUGAUGUUAAUUACUGUUUUACAGAAGAAUGACGACCUGGGAUCAUAAUUAUUGUUGGGACCUAAAUCAAAAGGCUGAGCAACUCGGGGGCCGGGUCUUUGCUUACUUUUUUUUUGUCUUCUUUUUUUUUUUUUUUUUUUUUUUUAGACAGCUGUGUAUUUUAUAUUCAACUCCUUAAAUUCUAUUUUUCACUGUCAAAGAAUUCUGUUGUUACCUCGAGACAAUAUAUAAUUUUUGUUACUGUUAAUUUAUCAAAUAGAGUGGUUAUAUUUUGACAAAUAAUAAUGUGUAUAUGUUUGUAAAUAGCACUUUGAAUAUAAUCUUGAGGAGUGUUUGUCCUGCUGAUCCUUUUAAAUCUGGACACCAGCAUGUCCGCCGCCCGAAUUAAAGGACAAUGGAGGAGAACGAGGCCGAGGUGUGCGGGAUAAAAUGUGGUGAUUAUGAUUUGCAAUCCCUAUUUCCUUUUGCGUUGUGGAUAACACAGAAGCUGACUUUGUCUUGAAUCUGCAUUCAACAGUGUUGCCUUCUACAGCAUAACCUACAUGAAGAGCUGACUUUCAAAGUUGAAGUGGUUGUUGUUUGUGUGCAUGUUUUUCAAUGAAAGCAAAAAAAAAUGUGA